CCUCUGUCGAAAAUACCGGAAUUCGUUCGUCCUUUCAUCAUAAUGACUCCUAAUGCAUGUAGGUCAGGACCACCCCUAACAGCCUCUUUCUCUGAUGUUAAUGAGAUGAGAGCGUGUUCCUACCUUUCUCCAAAUCAAUUGCGGCCGAGAAUUGUUGGCCAGACUGAAACGACUGUCGACUGAAUAAGACGGCAUAACUCCACUGAUGAGAUGUCUAGUCUUUGUGUUACCUACAUCACUGAAAUCGGUGUCGCCGAUGGAUUGCUGUCAAUGGUAUGCAGCCUUCAAAAUGGCUGUCAAUGGUAUGCAACGUUCAGGAAUUUUCUUCUUUUCAUUGCAUGCUUUUGUAGUGCGAUUAGAGGGACUAUCCGGGAAGUCCAGAUUUCAAAUCCCGCCAAGGGCAUCGUUUUAUUUUUCGAAAAUCAUGGUACAUACUACAAGUGGCGUUACAACUCUACUGGUAGAUACUACAAGUGUAAUAAAAUGUGAAUGAUAAUUCGUCAAGUAACUUUGAGUAACAUACAUUUAAGACAACAUAAGGAAUUUUUUCUUUCCUCACCACUUACUUUCGUGAUUUAAUUGUAAGCUCGUCUGCCUAGCCUCAGAUGGUUCGGAGUUUAAAUGCUGAUGAAAGCAUCGCUAUAUUUCAUAUUUCCUGCUUUAAACAUUAAUUUUGUCUCGGUAUUAUUUCAUAAUUUUACGAAUACAUUAUCCUAUGUUCUUUUCCGCAUAUUCAAAACAUCCCGAUUAUGGGUAACUUUUUCCGUAUCCUUAAUAGGAGCCAUCUAAUGAGAUUUUAUAUAUUUUAAAAAGAACUUACGGUGAAAAUGUUUCAAAGAAUUUAUGCUUCUAUAAUACCGCUAAAGAAAGCAAAUAUAAACUUUAAUACGGAUUCAGAGAGUAUUUAGAAAACACAGUUUGUAUUUUACAAGUUCGUAAUUAUUUCUGUAAGUCGAACAUAGAGACUUUAACAAAAAGCCAUCGAAUCCAGAACUAUAGUUUUAAAAACUCAAAAAGGUGUCCAAAGUGUUUUCAUGUAGCCAAAAUAUUCAUAUCUACGAAGCUACAAAAUUCUUCGAUAAAGGCGGAUACAAAAAUUCCUCAUAGUUUACCUCUUCACUCAAAAGUUACUUAUUUCAUACCUUUCUAGUUGUGUUAGACGGAAUGCAUUUUCAGUAUUUGAGUACCCUAAGUGCUUUCACUGAAACAAAGCUUUGUACAUGGAUUGAUAAAUGCUAGUUAUGAAAAUUCAUAGCAGAAAUCACUUUUUGUCGUAACUUUCAUAUCUAUACAAAGUGCUCAAAACAUAUCUGUUAUUAUGUUUAAAACGUUUUUGACCAUUUUUAGCGUAGAAUUCUGAAAAUGACUUUAAUAUCAGUAUAUGUUAUAUAUUGUUAAUCAGUUUUAGAGAUUGUGUCCCCAGAGAAACGUGUUUUCAUCAAUGGCGUACAGACCUGCUGUUGGACAUUUGGAAUGUGCCUUUUACCUGCCGUGGCUUACUUAUCAAGAAAUUGGGUGAACUUAAGUCUCGUCGUUUCCUCAACGGUACCAUUUCUUUUGUUUUGUUGGAGGUUUAUUCCUGAGUCUCCUCGGUGGCUCGUAUCUCGAGGAAAGUGCCAUGAAGCAGUUGUUGUCAUGAACGAAAUAGCGGAAAGGAAUGGGAAAAGUGUCGAUCCUAAUGAACUUCUUGCAAAAUUGCAGGUGUUAGAUAAAAAGCGCAAAGAAGAGAGGAUGGUUGGUUUGAAAAAUUCAACCAUUGAUGUAUUAACGGUGCCAUAUGUGAGGAAGUUGUUAAUCUUCACGGUAAUCUGUUGGACGGCAAACUACAUGAUAUAUUAUGGUCUUCAGAUGAAUGUUUAUAAUUUAAGCGGAAAUGAAUUUAUAAACUUUUUUCUGUUAUCUCUGAUGGAAACACCAGGCAACUUGCUUAGUUGGUUUAUUAUGGAACGUUAUGGAAGGAGAUUCACUAAUACCGCUGGUUUCACGCUUGCAGCUCUUGUCUGUUACUCGUGUAUGAUAGAAUAUUCAUACAUCGAUGUGACGAGUUCUAUUUUAGGCAAAAUUUUUGCAUCAGGAAUUUAUGCAGCCGCUUAUCAAUACAGCUCUGAACUAUUUCCUACAGUUAUCAGAUCUUCUGGGAUGGGUAUGAGUAACACCGUAGGCCUAUUAGCCACCCUAUAUACUCCAUAUAUUGUAUAUCUGAGUUCAUUCAAUAAAAAUAUUCUUUAUAUAACUAUUGCAUUUUGCUCCUUCGUAACUUCUGUUCUGAUAUCACUCCUGCCAGAGACACUCAAACUUGCCACAAACAAUAUCUGAUGCAGAAGAAUUUGGCAAAGAUCAAAAGUUCUUUUCCUUCAAUAGAGAAAAGUUCUCGGAAGCAAAUUCGAAUUUGCAGCCUUAUUGCGUAUCUACUGUGGAAAGCGAACUUUCUGAGACCGCUUUUACGUCUUUUAAAAAGGAUAUAAACGUAAAGGUUGAGAAGAUAAUAGCAAAAUCUAUUGAUCGAGACUAUGAAAAUGAAGGAAGAUAUUAGGACUCAUUACACAUUACAUUGAUAUGUUGUAAACUGCUUUUAAUAAGUAACGCAGUAUGCAACUUUCAAUUUAAAAAUUUUAGCUAAUCAUUAUAACCACUAAGCAAUUUAUAAAAUGUUAAUACGUUGAUUUACUUUAAUAUAUUGAUUUAUUUUUCAGUUAUGCUGUGAUGUGUAUCUAAACGUUUGUGACAAUGUUCCCUAUUUUGCAUGUUUAAACAGUAAACAGAAAAAUAAUAAAAACUGA